AUGCGACCGCUGGUCCUGGUGCUGGCUGCGGUGCUGCUGGGCGCCGCGGCCGCCGUGCGCGUGGGAACCGUGUCGUUUCCGGGAUCCACGCGCACGAGCGACGGCAUACACGUUCCACUGUACCGCAAGAACAUCCCUGUCCCGCGCCGGGGCCUCCGGGAAGCCUCGUUCCCGGUCCGGGGCGGCGUCCUAGAGAUCGGGUACUUCUACUCGCAGGUGCACCUGGGCACGCCAGCCUCCACGUUCGAGCUGAUCGUCGACACCGGCAGCACGAUGAUGUACGUGCCGUGCAGCAUGUGCGGGAGCGCCUGCGGACCCAGCCACGCGAACCCGUUUUUCGACAUCGAGGCGACGUCGUCGGGCUCCUGGGUGGAGUGCGGGGCGCCCUCGUGCAACUGGGCGUGCGGCACGCAGUCGUGCCACUGCCGCGAGGGCAAGCACUGCUCGUACACGCGCAGCUACCUCGAGGGCAGCAGCUCGCAGGGCUACCUCGUCGACGACGUCAUCCAGCUGAGCGACGGCGGCGAGCCCGCUCGUAUCGUGUUCGGGUGCGAGACCCAGGAGACGGGCGAGAUCUUCUACCAGUGGGCCGACGGGCUCGUCGGCGUCGGGCGCAGCACCGCGGCGCUGCCCUGGCAGCUCGCGGCCGCGGGGGCGACGGCGAAGAAAUUUUCCCUGUGCAUGGGCGGGUUCUACUCGGAAGGCGGCUCGAUGAUCCUGGGCGACAGCGGGUCGUACGACGGCGUGGAGAUGCACGGAGCGAAGCAGGCCUCCGGGAGCCAGGUGUUCUACGUGGUGGACAUCCCGCGCGCGGAAAUCGGCGGCAAGGCCAUCGCAGGAGGGAUGCCCGGCUGCAUCAUCGACUCUGGGACCACCUUCUCCUACCUCCCGUCCUCGGCUUUCCGCUCGAUGACAUCUAUCCUCCAGGACGUCGCGACCGAGAAGAAGCUCCCGCGGAUCGAAGGCCCGGACCCGGCGUACCAGGACAUCUGCUACGGCAACCUGCCCACGCCACACGAGGAGCUGGCUGAGGUGCUCCCGGACAUGGUGCUCCACAUCGGCGACAGCCAGCUGACACUGCCGGCAACUCACUACAUGUGGCGGCACGCGGGACGGCCGGACGGCUGGUGUCUGGGCUUCUUCGACAACGGCGGCAGCCCCGCGCUCCUGGGCGGCGUCACCCUGCGCGACACCGUCGUUCAUUUCGACGACGAGGCCGGCCGCAUCGCGUUCGGCCGCGCGCGCUGCACCGAGCACGGCCCAGAGCCCAUUGGCGCCGACCCCAAACCGGACCCCGACCCCACCGAGGCGCCCGCCACGGACGCGCCGGAACCGACCGAGGCGCCCGGCACGGACGCACCGGCCCCGACGGACCCCCCCAGCGUCGACCCCAAGUCGCACGAUGGCGACGACGACAGCGGCGGCGGGGGCGACAACGGCGGCGGGGGCGACAACGGCGGCGGGGACGACGGGCACAAGAGCGACGACGACGACGACGACGACGACAGCCCCGGCGGCCCUCCGUCCUCCGGCGGCACCAGCAGCUCGAAGCGGUUCCGGGAGAUCCUGGGGGGGGUAUUGGGCUUGAUCGGCGUGGCGGUGAUCGUGGUGCUGAUGUGCCGAAACCGCGGGCGGCUGUCCGGGCUCGCGGCGCGCGUCGGGCUGCGUCGCUACGACCGGUACGAGACGUACGACGUCGUGGAGGGCGAGGCCGAGGACGACCUGGGGACGGGUGUGGCGGGCAUCCGCAACGAUCCACGCGCGCCCGGGGUGCGGCGCGGGCUGACGGGGGUGAACAGCGACAGCUACGGGGCGUACAUGGCGGGCAAGCAGGGCGGCGCUGGGGCCAAGGAUGUGGAACUGGGGGCAGUGGGGGGUGCGGAGGCGAACGGGGGCAGCAGCGGGGAGCGGUCGCGGCGGGGGCGCAAGGGCGGGGACGCGGGGAACGGAGCGGGCGGCUACCGCGACCCGCUGGAUGAGAUGUAG